AUGUUAAUAAAACAAGAUCCAAAGGGAGUGGAGAAAAUAGAAGAGAAAGAAAUUAAAGGAGUAAAAGAAGAAGGGAAAAAAAAAAAAAAUAAUAAUAAAAUCAUAAAAAUAAAAAAAAGCAAAAAUAUCGAUACAUAUUUAAUAAAUUCAUGUGAUUCCAAUAAUAGUAAUUAUUCAUGUUGUUAUUUAAAUAAAGAAUGUUUUGUAAAAAAUAUAAGUAUAUGUAAAAAAUGUAUAUUCAACUAUUUUGAAUUUAAAAAUGUAACAAAGGUUAUAUAUAUGAGACAUGGAGCUAGGACUCCUAAAAAAAAAAUUAGAAAUAUCUGGCCAUUUAAAGAAGGUAAAGGAGAUUUGACUUUUUUAGGUUUUCAACAAUCAAUAAAAGUUGGUGAAUAUUUAAGAAAAUAUUAUUACACAUUGAAUACAUUAAAUAAAAAAUAUAACAAAAGAGAAAGGGGACUAACAAUUAACAAUAAAAAAAAGUCUUAUAUAAAAAAUAAUAAAUGUGGUAUAAAAAAACGCAAAACAUUAAAUAACAACAAUAAUAAUAAUAGUAAUAGUAAUAAUAGUAAUAAUAGUAAUUAUUAUUUUUUAAAUGAAAUGUAUAAUGUAUCAAAUAAGAAUAAUUAUGUAAAAAAUAUCGCAUGUCAUAAUAAAGCUUAUUCUUAUUUAAAUGACUUAUCUGUCUCCUUUAAUAAACUUGCAAAUAAGAAGAGCAACUUAGAUAAAUUCAGUGACCGAACAGAUUUUAUAAAUUAUGAAAAAUACUUUUUAAAAUUCAAGAAGAGUUAUAAAUAUGAAAGAAAAAUAUUUAUUAAAAUUAAAAGAAGAAGGAGAAACAAUAUUUUGAAAAUAUGGAUACGUCAACAUUUAAUUAGUAGAAUGAAAAAAAUUAAAAAUAAAAACAUGAAAAAUAAUAAUAAUAAUGAUAAUAAUAAUAAUAUUGAUAAUAAUAAUAAUGAUGAUAAUAAUAAUAAUAUUGAUAAUAAUAAUAAUUAUUAUUAUUAUAAGGAAGGACCAGCAUUUAAUAAUAAACCAUUCAACUAUAUAGAUAUGUUGGAAUAUAUAAAAUAUUAUUAUAAAAACAUUUUAAAAGAUAAAAAAAAUAUUUACACAUUUAAUAAAAAAAAAGAAUUAUUGUUCCCAGUAAUGGAAAUUUUGUAUAUGUAUAAAAAAAAAUUUUUGCUUAAUAAAAUGAAAGAAAACAAUAUAAAAAAAAAAAAAAAAAAAUAUGAUAAUAUUAUUAAGUUAAUAAAUAAAUAUUUAUGUAUUAAAACAACAAAUAGCGAACGUUGCAAAUUAACUGCAUAUGGUAUUAUUUGUGGUAUAUUAGGAAUAAGUGAAUAUAUUUAUUUUUUCUUUUUUAUAUUGUUUUUUAAAAAUAAUUAUGAUAAGACAUAUGAUAAUAAUAUAGAUAGUUACACCAAAAGAAAAAAAAAAAAAAAAAAGUGGUUGAAUAAGAGGUCCAAAUGUUUUUCACAUGAGAUAUUUAAGAGGCAUAUUAUGAGUGAUGAAAAAAUAUGUGAUGAUAUAAAAUGUGGUAAAAAAAUAAGUGAUGAAAUAAUAAGUGGUGAAAUAAUAAAUGAUGAAAUAAUAAAUGAUGAAAUAAUAAAUGAUGAUAUAAUAUGUAGUGAUAUAAAGUUUGAUGAUAAUAAUUCCAUGUACUUGUUUAAAAGUAACAAAACAUUUUGUAUACAAAGUAAGAUUAAAUUUUGUGAUGAGUUAUAUUUAUAUUUUAAUAAAAUUUUAAAAAAAUUCCAAAAUCUUGAUUAUAUGUAUAAAAAUGGUUAUGAAUUAAAAAUGUUUUGUAAGGAUAAUGAUGUGUUGAAUAAUUUUGAUAAUAAAUGUUUUGAUAAAAAUGAAUAUAAUAUAUCAUAUCCCAGUUAUAAUAAAUAUUGGAAUGAUUUUAUAAGUCAUUAUGUGUUAAAAAAAAUGGAAAAUAGUUAUAUUCAUAAUAAUAAUUUAAUGUAUAAUAUAAAUGUUUUCUUUGAUUUAAUAAUAAAGGAGAAAGGAAAUUUUCAAUUUUUUUAUAAAAAUAUAAAACAAAAUAAACAAAAAAGUGAAAAAGGAUUAGAAGAAUGGAAUGUAUUUAAUAUCUUUCAAAUAUAUAUGAAAUAUAUGUUCAAUGAAUUUAUAGAACUUUUCAAAUUUUUAAAUAAAAAUAUUAAAAAUGUUGAAAAUAUUGAUAAUACAUUUGAGAAUAUAAUUCAUGUAUAUAAUAAAUAUUAUAUAAAUACUAGUGUAAAUGAAAAGGAUUGUUUGGAAAAAAAACAAAUACAUUCAAAAGAAUAUAUGAUGAAAAAAGUAGAUGCAAGGAAUAAAUCGAUGGAAUAUCAUAAUGUGGGUGAAAUAAUAGACGACUGUAACGUUAAUAGGGACAAUAAUAAAAAGGAGAUAAAUAAAAAUUGUAAUAAUAUGAUAGAUAAUAAUAAUAAUAUAUAUAAUAAUAAUUAUAAUAUCAAAGUAAAAUUGUCGAAUAGUCAUAUUUUUAAAUAUAAUUAUAUAUUGAAUCUUUUAAAUUAUAUAGAUACAUAUGUGCAAAUUUUUUUUUAUUAUUUAAAAAAUAUGUAUAUCCUUUUCUCAGUUGUCAAAGUAGCAGAAAGGAAUUCUCUUAUGCUCAAAACACUUAAGACCAAAAAUCAUUAUAUUAAAAAGUUAAGAAAUCAUAUCAUUGAUAAUUCCGAUUUUUAUAAAAUAUUAAAUGAUUUUUAUAAAGAUGAAAUAUUUAUUGUUUAUGAUAUAACUAAGUGGACAGAAAAUUGUAUCAAUACUACAGAUAUAUUAUUUAAUGAUCUAAAAAAUAAAAAUAAUAAUAAUAGUAUUAAUAAUAAUAAAAAGAUAUGUGAUUUAGAAAAUAUGGAUAUACCUAUUACAAAUGAUAAUGAAGAAUAUCAUGUUAAUAAUAGCAUUAUAAGUGUAUUGAAAAAACAUAAUUCUUCAGUUUAUAAAUUAAAAAAAAAAUUAAAAAAUUCAAUAAUUCUAAAAGAUCUAAAAAAAUUAAAUUGUAAUUUUAUUAGUAAAAAUAAUAUACAUAAUACAAAUUGUGAUCAACAUAAUAAAAUAUAUCAAGAUAAAAUUAAAAAUUGGAUAUAUCAUCCUUUUCAUAAUAAAAAAAAAAAUGUUAAAAUUAUUAAAAAGUUUAUAAGUGCUUAUGAUGCUUAUAUAUAUCAUGAUAUUAAUUUAAAUCUAAAUUUUAAUCGAUCAUAUGAAAAAUUAUCUUUACAUCGUGCUUCCAAUUAUGACUUAAUAAAAAAGGAGUAUGUGGACAAUAAUUAUAUUAAUAAUGGUUAUAUGAAAAAAUAUGAAGAAAAUAAUAUAAAUAUUUCAAAUGAACAUUGUUCAUGUCAUAAUAAAACAAAAUUUUCUAAUGCACUUCAACAAAAUGUUUUAGAGGGAAAUAUUUUAGAGGGAAAUAAACAAGAUAAAAUAAAAACAAAUAUUCAUAAAAAAGAGAAAGUAAAACAUAAUACAUAUUGCACAUCACAUGGGUUAUUACAACCAUAUUUAAUAGAAAGAAAUAAAAAUUUAGAAAAUAAAACAGAGGGACAGAAUGGUAUGAACAUGUAUGAUAAUUCAAAGGGUUAUAUAAAAAAGAAAAAGAAAAAUAAACAAAAAAAAAAGGAAUUAAAUGACCAAAAAGGGGACCAAAUGAAUGGCCAAAAAGGGGACCAACUGAAUGACCAAAAAGGGGGCCAAAUGAAUGACCAAAAAGGGGACCAAAUAUAUGACCAAAAAGGGGACCAAAUAUAUGACCAAAAAGGGGGCCAAAUGAAUGGCCAAAAAGGGGACCAAAUGGAUGGCCAAAAAGGGGGCCAAAUGAAUGACCAAAUAUAUGACCAAAUGAAUGACCAAAUGAAUGACCAAAUGAAUGACCAAAUGAAUGACCAAAUGAAUGACCAAAUAUAUGACCAAAUAAAUUCCAAAGUAAAAACAUUUUAUAAAAAUAUAUACGAUUGUUACAAAUCAAUGUGCAAAAUUGAAUAUAGUAAUAAAUAUCUUUCCUGGUUAUGUAGUGGUAUGUCUUUAAUAGAUGUUGUUAUAAACUUUAUAAUAAAUGUUAGAUUAUAUGAAAAAUAUAAUAAAGAAAAUAAAACAAAUAAAUGUUUUAUUCCAAAAAUUAUUUUAUAUAUAACACAUCAGUCCUCAAUAUUAUCAUUUCAAUCAUGUGUAGGUAUAAGAAAAAAAGAUAUGAAAAUACCUCCUUUCGCUAGCUUUAUAUCUUUAGAAUUAAUUCAUAUAAAAAAAAAAAAAAUUAAAAAUUUAAGUAACAAAUUAUUUAAUGUUUUCAAUAAUGAAAAAUCUUAUUGUAAUAAGUAUAUUAUAAAGGAAGAGAAAAUAAAACACACAUCAUCACGCACUCUUAAUAGUAUGGAUAGAAUGGAUGUCCUACAUUAUAUUUAUCAAAAUAAUAUGGCAAAUAUUUUUUGCUGUAAGGAUGAUUGUGUGUGGAAGGUACGAAAAAAGGAAAAAGAAAAAAAAUGUGGAAAAAACAAAAAAAUUAUGAAGCAACAAAAUGAAAGUGCAAUUAAGGUUGAAAAAAAUUCAUAUUAUAUGUUAAAAAGAAAUAUAAAUGAAAAUAUAGAUAAGAAAAAAUGUAUUAAUAUAAAUAAUACAUCUAAUUAUAAUAAUAUACCUACCAAUAUUAAUAAUAAUAAUAAUUAUAAUAAUAAUAAUAAAUAUGAAAAUUAUUUACCAAAAUGUUUAAAUAAAAUUGAUGAUUUUAAAAAUUUAUUUUAUUUAUUAUGUUAUAAAAAUAAUAACAUAGAAGAUCUGAUACAACUCUAUAAUAUUUGCUUAAAUAAUAAACAUACACAUAUAAAAAAUAUGCAAUUAAAAGAAGGUAAGAAACAUGGAAAGAGACAUUUCUAUGGAUAUUUUGUUAAAUUUACUUUUAAUAAUUCGGUACCUUUAAAAUUAAAAAAAAAUAAGUUAAUAAAAAAAUAUGACAUGGGAAAUAAAAAAGAUAAAGAAGAUGAUCAUUAUCAUAAUGAUAAAAGUAAUUAUAGUGAUAAUAUCAUUUAUGAUAAUCAUCAUGCUAAUAGUAAUAAUAAUAAUAAUAAUAAUAAUAAUAAUAAUAUGAUUCAAGAUACCAAUCUAAAUAAAAGAGAAAGUUUAAAAAAAAAUUAUACACAAAAAAAUAAUAAUCAUUCUAAAAAGAUAAAAUAUAAAUAUAAUAAUAAUGAUAAUAGUUCAAACUAUAUUUCUAAUGUGAAAUUCUUUAAAAUGAAAGAUAUUGCUAAAAUAAAAAUGAAUAAGACAUGUGAUCAAAAUAAUAUAUCAUGUAUACAUAAAAUGAAAGAGAAAAAAAAAAUUCUUAAAAAGUUAAAUAGAAAGAUUUUAAAUUUUAAUAAUAGUAAAAAAGAUAAAUAUAUGAAUUAUAUAUAUAAUAGUACUAAUGUAAUAUAUGGUAAAAAUUAUAAAAGAAUUAAUAAAAAUAUUAAUAACCAAUUUAUAAAUAAAAAAAAUGUUGAUAUUAAGAAUAUAUUAUUACAUAAAUGUAAGCAACAUAAAAAUAAGACAAAUACUAUUACAUCAACUUUUAAUAAUAAUAAUAAUAUUGAAGAUGAUAUAUCAUCAAGAAAAUUAAAAUGUAAAGAUAUAAAACGAAAUACGAAACAAAAAUAUAUAAACGAUAAUAAUAUUAAUAGUUAUAAUAUUAAUAAUGGUCUUGUUAAAAAAAACAAAGAUAUUCUUCACAAUGAAUGUAAAAAUAAAAAAAAUCAAAUUAUGGAAUAUAAUAUUAAAUGUGAUGAAAAAAUUGUUUCAGAAAAAAGUUCUACAAAUAUUAUUAGUUUAAAAGAUAAAAAACAAAAAAGAAGAAAUGCAAGUAAAAAAAAAUUACAAAAAAAAAAUUAUGAAAAUGAAAAUAUUGUUUGUUUAGAUUGUUUAAUUUCUUAUUUAAAAAAAAUGUUAAGAAUUUAUGGAGAUCCAGAAAUAUUAUAA